AUGGAUCACUUUAACGAACUAUAUGGCAAUUUUGAAGCUCUAAUUUGCGCUAAGCAUCUCGCAACAAUGGUCACUUUGCAUCAGCCAUCCUCUUUCACGAUAACUGCACGAGCCAUGUCAGCUAUUUAUAUCCACUUUGGGGUCGGGAUGCGGCUUUGUUACGCCUUGACGGUGAUGAGCGGUGAUAAGAGGGCUAUGGAUAAGGGCUUCUACUAUAUGUUCCUCUUUCCCGAAAUCUCUUUCCACUUCUCUCAUGCAAUCUUUUCGUCGCCUUCCCUGCUUCCUGAGAGGUCUAAUGGGUUUCGGGGGAGGAAUGCUCCCUCCCUCCGAGCAGCUUGCGCCCUGUGCGUUCACUUUGCCUUGCUGGCGAAAGGACCGUCGACGCUGCGCUGCGAAAUUUGUGUGAGGUUUACCACCCCCUUCGGUUGCCCAUAUCGUUCGCAAAAUAGAAGAAGACCGAGAUAUGCCUGCUCCCACACCAACAUAGAUGAAGAAGACGCCGAGGAAGAAAGAGGUAGUAGGGGAAGGCUCGCGGUACUACGCGCAGCAUCGCUGCCGCCUACAUACUCUCUUCCUUCAGCGGCUCGACGGACGAAGGAAUCUAUCGUGUAUUGGCUCGCGAAUUCUCCUUUCCCACGUCUUUGGAUUACCCUGCUCCGAACAGUAUCAACGUUCAACUCAAUUAUACCCCGCUUUCUACAAUCUUAG